UUAUCUUCAUUUCCAAACGGACAUUUCAAUGACCGUCCCAAAACCAUUAUCUUCAAAAGAAAAAAAAAUAUAUGGCAGCGGUGUUGCUGAGAUUCCAAACACAACUGCCGGCAAAAAUAUACAACACCCAAAAACCACCAAUCCGUCAUAACAAAAGACGGCCACCAACGCCGCCGAUACAUAUAUCUACAAAUAUAUCAGACAUAAAUACAACAUCGUUACGUGAUCUUUAUACUUCAUGUAAUCAUUCAUGUCACAGGUUUCCUAAUUUGUUGUCUGAUGGACGAGUGGAGCCUGUUGACGUUGACAAACUUCGAGUUGCUGUUGAAAAUAGUUCGGUCGUCGUGUCUGUUUUUGCCAGACCGGAAAUUGCGGGGAAUUUGAAGAGUGGCGGUGGUGAAUGGUAUAAGAAAAUGAUUCCGCUGAAUGCGGGAAGUGGCGAGUUGGUUGGGUUUGGUCGAGCUGUUUCUGAUCAUGGUUUAACUGCUUCUAUUUAUGACCUCAUGGUAGUACCUUCGUUACAACGUCGAGGAAUAGGACGUAUCAUUCUUCAAAGGAUUAUAAGGUUGCUGACGAAUAAAGGCAUAUAUGACAUAGCAGCUCUUUGUUCUAAUCAAGAAAUGGGCUUCUUCAAGGCAUGUGGAUUUGGAGAUGAUAUACUUGGAUCUACAACAAUGAUGUAUACCAGAAGUGGCAAUGAUAUGGUUAAAAGUGCUGGUAGGAAAUUACUAUCCAUUCCACCUCUCAGAAAACAUUGAUAUCAUUCAAUCCAAACGGUAACUGUUUGUAUUAUUGUAUGAUUAAGUAUAGCAUAAAAUAGCAUUUAUAAUUCUAAUCGUGAGGAACUAGAGUAUAAUGUUAUAUCUAGCUUUACAUGAGACCGAUACGAAGUUAUAGAUGAGACUUUUGUAUAUGUGCAGAUAUAUUCUUUCAACAAAAACUCUCCAUACAAA